GUAUAUUAUGACUUUAUGCUAUUUAUUCACAAAGAAUCAAUUUAUUUUUUACCUAUGAUGUAAUCUCUACAUCGCCUUAUACGAGCAUAAUCAAAAAACAUUUACACUGUGUAUUCUCGUUAAAUAAAAAGUAAUAUUUUAUUGAUUUCUGAAGUUAGUCAAAAUUUUAUAACUAAAGAUAUCUUUGCUGAGAGUAAGGGCAUUAAUCUUUGGAAAAGAUGAAGUAGAUGUAUAUCUUUUUCGAUUAAGUAUUAAUGUUUUAGGCAGCACAGAGAACACUCUGUGUACACUGUAACGUGUAAGAAUGAAAAAAAAACAAAUUUUGAAUAUCAAAUUUUACUUAAUAAACCGAUGAGAACGAGGUUUUUACAGCACAGUCAUACUUUUUAUUAUAAUUAUAUAUAUACUUAUAUAUAUAAGUUUCAGUGAGCUGCAUUGUUACGUUUACCGCGUCUCUUGCGGCUUCCACUAGGACGGUUCGGAGACGCCCAUUGUUCAUAAAAACGUUCCCUCUCUAACCAUUCUUGAUAUUUAUACCACCAUUCCUCCCACUUUAUGUAGUCAUCUAAUGCGAGGUCUCGAAGAUAUCCUCUUGCUUUAUAAUAAUCAUAUCUGACACAGACGUCGUCCCAACAUUCAAGACUUCUUGGUCUUUCUGCAAACAGAGAUUUUCAUCUUCUCCAGAUCUCUACGAUCUACGCUCCACUCUCCCGUUUUCCCGAAUCUGUAAGAUUUACAUUCUUAUUUUAGUCCUAAUUUUUCCGUUAUUCUUCAUACAUUAAAUAUCACAGACAUACCGUUCUGAUAAAGUCAUUCUAGGUGGUCCCAUGUGUAAUGUAAUAGAAGAACUGUCGCUCUCUUCACUGGGUGAGGAUUCUGGUGGAGGCCUAAUCAUCUGGGUUGCUCCGUGGCCUGAAUGUGUUUUCUCUACCUUUACUGGUUUACACAUCUGCACAAGUUCAAUAAUUACCUAUUGGGAACAAGACCGUAUGUAGGUAAAGCUAAAAAGGGCUUAUUAUUAUACGUGAAAAAAAUUGUUGUUACAUUCAAGAAUCAUAAUUUAUAAUUAUGUACAUCAACAAAAAUAUAUUUUACCAGUGGUAUUGGAUCUGGGACACGUGGAUCUUCUGGGAUUCUAGUAUGAUGCUUUUCUUUGCGUCGAACUUUGGCUUCUUUUUCUUUAAUUGUUUUGUAGUCCUUUUGGUGACGUGGUGGAGGUUGCGGUGUAGGUGGGGGUGUGCGUGGACGAGGCAAAGGAGGUGAUUGCAGUCUAGUUCGAACCCGUAUUACUCGGGAACUCGAUAGUACUAUGUCUUUUGGAUGUGCUCGACCUCGAACCGGUGUGAGCGAUCUUGAACGCGAACGAGAAGGUAGGGUAAUGCGUCGUUGUUCUUUCGGCGAACAGACGCUACAUGAUCUAUCGGAACAAGUACUGCCUGUACUUGGACUUCGUGCCGGUCUUCCCGUGGUAUGUGAUCUAUCGCGAGGCAAACAUGGUCUUUUAGUUCGAGGACUGCGUGGUCUUCGGCUAUGGGGACUCCUAGAUCUUGGAUUUCUUGGACUACGAUGUUGUCCUCUGCUUGGUUCUCCGCUUGCCGUGUCUUCAACAUACAACACUUUGUAUCUACUGUGCCUCCAUCGAUUUGGGUCUCGCCCCUCUACCUCCAGAAGCUUUUUAUUCCAAUAGCUUGAUUGAGACUCACGAGCUUUCGGCACCACACUAUCUAAUUCUCUCCUCUUCCCAGAAUUUUCACCAUGAGGUCUGGGUUGGGAUACAUUGGUAUCCAUCCGUAAUUUAUUAGAGCUGCUACCACUAUCAAUGCCUCCUCUUCUUCUAUCAUAGUCCCGUGACAUUCCUGAAAUAAUAUAAUAUUUGUAAGUUUCUAUUUCAUAUCUUCAUUUCAGUUCACAAGUUAACAAGCGAUAUUUCAUGUGUUUACCUUACAGAUAUCUUGAACCGGAAGACACUGGAUAUCUUCUUUUAUUUCUUUUUUCGUCGUUGUUUUACGUGGCUUCACAAAACUUUUACCCGACGAUACUUCGAAUAGAUCUAAUUCUGGCAACGCUGGUUGCCACCCGUACCGAACUGUCAGAGGCUUUCAUUCGCUCGCAGUCUAUGGUCACUUUGAAAAUCAAUCGCCCACCCAGUGAGCGCUACUCGUGGAAUUUUCACGACAUUCACUGGGCUCAAGAACCUUUCGAGACAACGACACUCACUUUUCUCAUCGCGGCAACUCGUAAACUUGCAUUUUUUGGACGUUCUACGAAUGGAGCCGCACCAAAUACAGAGGAUGCAUUCCAAGCGAAACGAACAGCAGAUGUCGCCUCGAUUGUUCGUUCGUGCUUUACGAACGCCAUACGUACUCCUGAUUUUUUAUUAAUUUGUAUAAACAUUUUCAUAGCGAUUCUGUAGUUUAUUUCCAAAUUAUUCAUUUUGUGUUUUAAUGAAUGAUAUUAUUUUACUCUGUGCACGAUAUUCAAUGCAAUCGAUAGUACAUUGAAAGAAAUUACAUACAUAUGGUCGUGUUGUGUAUUGCGCAUGGGUACGCGUCUUCCAUUGGAUGUUUGAUUUACCCGCGUACCAAUGACUACAGACUAUAGAUAUGUUUAAAUAUUUGGUCCGAUUUCAAAUUGAAUAACUAAAAUAGAAAUGGUAAUAGCAAUCGGAUUCGAAGGUAGCGCGAAUAAAUUGGGCAUUGGAAUUAUUCAGGACGAAAAUGUACUAUCAAAUGUCCGACAUACUUAUGUUACACCGCCGGGUGAAGGAUUCUUGCCACGUGAGACUGCACAACAUCACAGAACACACAUUCUUGAUGUUCUACAAAAAUCAUUGGACGAUGCAAAGGUAACAUUGAAGGAUGUAGACGUGGUGUGUUACACCAAGGGUCCUGGAAUGGGUGCUCCAUUGACAGUAGCUGCACUGGUGGCAAGAACAGUUGCACAACUGUACAAUAAACCUAUAGUAGCAGUAAAUCAUUGUGUUGGUCAUAUAGAAAUGGGCCGUUUAAUCACAGGUAGCUCGAAUCCAACCGUUCUCUAUGUUUCCGGAGGGAAUACACAGGUGAUUGCAUACUCUCGACAAAGAUAUCGUAUUUUUGGGGAAACAAUAGAUAUAGCUGUUGGAAAUUGCUUGGAUCGUUUUGCAAGGCUGUUGAAACUUUCAAACGAUCCUAGCCCUGGUUAUAACAUAGAACAAUUAGCGAAAAAAGGUAAAAAGCUAGCACCAUUGCCAUAUGUGGUUAAAGGCAUGGAUGUAUCUUUCUCUGGCAUAUUAAGUCACAUAGAGGAACAUCUCCCCUCUUGGCUAGAUUCAAAAGAAUUUACUCAAGAGGAUCUAUGUUUCUCUCUACAAGAAACAUUGUUUGCUAUGCUGAUUGAAAUUACAGAACGAGCAAUGGCUCAUGUAAAAUCAUCUGAAGUAUUAAUUGUUGGCGGUGUGGGAUGUAAUGAAAGAUUGCAGGAAAUGAUGGAAGUUAUGUGUAAAGAACGAAAUGCAGUACUUCAUGCUACAGACGAACGAUUCUGUAUAGACAAUGGGGUAAUGAUUGCAGUGGCAGGAUUACAUCAAUAUCAAAGCAGUGGUCAUACUCCCUGGAUGCAGACGUCAUGCGUCCAGAGGUAUCGCACUGAUGACGUGCUUGUUUCAUGGCGUGUAUAAACUAAUUUUAAGACGAAUAUAAAAAAUAGAUUUUUUACGUCAUUUGUCAAUAAAAAAUCUAUUUCGUUUAA